AUGGCGGCGUACGCUCAACAAGGAACCAAAAGGCAAAAGGUGCGCGAGCCUAGAAGUGAAAAUGUUGAUUAUUUUCAGGGUGUUGAAAGAGUGGAGUACAACAACAUGGCGGCGCUCGUGGACACGUCGAGUUAUCGAUACUAUAAUAACAAUGAACGAGUUCACUCGCGCGCAAUGGAAGACUGGUUAAAGUGUAGCGUGUCACUGACGGACUUCAGGGGCAAUGGAUCAGAUCUACACGGCAGAUCAACUCUCAACCGUUCUUGGGACGAUACAACCAACUCCUUGGACAAUCACAAACGUUGUGUGAAAGCUCUUUUCGACUUGAUGUCUAAACUAGGAGUAAAGUAUUGGACGGCGUUCGACACUGACCUCGUGCCUGCUGGGGACUCCUCCUGGGAAGAGAUCAGAUUGCAUUGGGACGAUAUGGUGGAGUAUAUUCAGGAGUUGAACCAGAGAUAUCAUGUUAAGAUGUUGUGGUUGGCGCCGGACUUGCAUUCGCAUCCUAGAUACGCCUCAGGAGCAAUAACAAGCAGUGACGCCACGUCGUUCAUUCAGGCCGCGACUCAAGUUAAAAAAUGCCUCGAAAUAUCUCAGCGUUUAAACGCAGAAUGCUUUCUCCUGUGGCCUUACAGAGAAGGCUACGACUCAAUAUUCCAAACGGACGUGCAAAGAGAGAUAAAAUUAUUCUCCAAACUCUUAAAAAUGACAGCUGAUUAUCGCGACAGAUUAAAUUAUAAAUGUCAAUUAUUAAUCAUGCCGUAUUACAAUUGCAAUACAAUUAAUCAUGGAAGUUGGAAUUUCGUCGGAUGGAUGGAACGCGAGAUGGUGAACAUGUACAUGUGGGAUGUAACGAGUUGUUUGUACUUUUUGAAGAAUUACAAUUUGGAACGUUAUUAUAAAGUCUGCUGCCCGCCUGGACACCACAUGUUUAUGGCUAAUGUAUACAAUAUGCUGGGAGGGGUGACUAUUUGGAACAACUUCGAUCAUUGCGAUAGCAGAACUCUGACGCUCAUGAUCAAGAACUUCAUCGAUCAGGGCACUAUACCGCCAGCGGGAAUAAACUUGAAGCUAACACCACGCCGUGACAGCGAUCUUAGAGAAAUGGUCACCGUCUACGUGAAGUACAUUGACGCGGCGGCAAAGGCCCUGAGAAUCGCUUGCACCGUUAUUGCCGAGCAGGUCUUUCAUAAACAUUUGCAGCAACGGUAUGCAACGUACUACAGUGGAUUCGGAUCUCGCCUUAUAAGUGGAGAAGUUUCUCUGGAAGAAUGUGAAGAAUAUUACAAGAAGAACCAAUCGACACAUACCGAAUAUAAAUGCAACAAGAGUGAACAUUUGGACAUUGUGUUCCAGCGAUACAUCGAUACAUGCGAUCGAAUCUGAUUUUAAUAUAAUAUUUUCUUUUACUCAAAGAGGGCUUCUGGCUGGAUUUCUAGUGAUAACAAACAGAUCAACUAGAUGGCGCUUAUUGCACAGAUUUUUAAGGAUAAUGCCGGAAAUAACGUUUGGUCGUAAUUUCAUAA